AUGCUUAGUAGACCUAGUGCUCCUACCCCUACAACUUCUUUUCCAGCCUCACAUGACGACUGGUCGUCCGACAUUGACCAACAAUCUGCUGGAGUCGUUCCCUCUAGUGCUUAUGUUGUCGACUCCCCCACUUCUCUCGUGCAUUCCACGUCUCCUACCGCCCCCUUACCGCAGAACACUCUUGUACGGUCCCCUUCGGAAGAGGAUUCUGCGGCUUCCGACUCGGGCUACUCACAUACCUCCACUCGUUCUCCCAACGCCUCGGCGCUUCCAGAUCCAUCUCAGUUCCCUGACCCCUACCCGUACCGCCCUCCUCACUGGCAACAUGGAUCUUCCACACCCGCGCUAUCUUCUGCCGACUCAUCUUCAGGAUCGACGCGCUCUUCUGCCUAUACGAAUUCUGCGAAGUCUGGCGAUUAUGGACAUGUUCAUGUCGCGUCGGGCGGAGAUGAACCAAGCGUUGGCGUUGGAAUUACGACGGACGACGUGGUACAGCUUCUCUCCAGGGAGCCGGGUGUAUCUGCUGCGUCCCAGGGAAGGUUUCCUGCUGAUCAGACGCGUUGGUCCGAUUUCUACGUCAAUAGCGUUCGAUCUCGUUCUUCGUCAAUUGGCAACGGAAUGAGCGAACCUACGCUGCAGGAAAAUGGCGUUAAAGGUUUGCGUGCGACGCCCAGUUUUGACUUGGGAUUCGAGACUCUGGAUGAACGCGACGAGGCGGGUUUGAUCAGCGAAGAAGAGACAGAUGAUUACUUGUCCAUGGACGAGGACGAGAGAACUUCUGAAGAGGAGCCAACUAGUGCCAUGUUAAUUGCGGAGGAGGGUCGAGGCAUUAUUGUUAGAGCAGAUGAUGUGCCCAUCGUACGACUUCAGGUGAAAACAGGUACAACGCAUCUCCUGAUAGGGUCGUCUAACACCCCAAAUGCCGUCCCAUCAUUUCUUGCCAACACCCUCCCACAGAUUGCCUCAACUCUCCUUGCACUUGAUAUCUCUGCGAAUUUUCUUGUUGCUCUUCCACCAUCCCUUGUCGCUUGCAAGAAUCUCGAGGAAUUGAACAUAGCUUCUAAUCCUCUGCGGGCACUUCCUGUAUUCCUUUCUCAUAUGGUCUCUUUGCGCGUUCUCAUCGUGGAUUCAACGGGUAUCAGCACACUGCCCGAGGUGCUCAGUUCUUUGGACAGGUUGCACACUCUCAGCAUCAGAAGGAACAAAUUGAACGCCCUUCCUAGUUGGCUCUGCUUGUUGCCUGCGCUUGAAACACUUCUUGUCGAUGGCAAUCCGUUCCACGGUCCAUGGAAGGCACUUAUAGAACCAUUGCUAGCUAAAUCUCCGAUGACACCCCUUUACCCGCCGUCUACACCCAUAUUCCCUCUCCCUUCUGCUAGUGUGCAGAGUACCAACACAGAUGACACCGACUGCGAAGACGAGUCUCCUUACGAUGACGGUGAUCGACAGCUUCAGGCUGCUCAGGAAGACGAGGAUACCAUCACUCCUGCCAAGUCUCCGCCUAUUGCGCGGUCGGUUACGUCUCCCCUACCUGCCACAGCAACGGAGCCUGCCAUACCUCCCAAACUGACCAGGACUCGUACUACGCCAAACCGUGCUUAUUACGACAAGAGUAGAGCUGGGAAACCAGGGGUUGGGUCCGGUUCUGCGACCUCUUUGCGGCCCACCUCAUCGAAGGACAUGCAGGAUCCAAAUGAGCGAGAAUUACGCAAAAUGAAGAGUGCGGGUGAGCUACGACGGAAUAUAGCAAACCUGUCUCGUGCGGCGUCAAAAUCAGCGACAUCUUCUCCACAGCGCGCUGUUCUGUCGGAGUACGUCACCUCUGCGUCAAGUUCCGAUCUGCUCAACAUGGGUUCUCCCCCUCGGGAUAGCCAGGCUUUACCGAAACGAUAUGCUAGUCUUGGUGUGGCUUCUGGAACGUUGUCACCAAACGCUGUUCGUUCAAGACCUCAGAUGGAUAACAUCUUCUGGGACAAUCCUUCCGAAGCCGAUGAAAAGGCGGAUUUUUCUGCUCAGACAAUGCCAAGGAGGUCGACACUCCCACGAGGUCAUCCCGACUCACCGAGGCCAGAAUCAGAGAUCGCCCGUUCUGCCACCCAAACACGGUCAUCGAAGGAAGAAAAGCCUAGCCGCUGGGGUUUUUUGAAGAAGAUGUCGAUGGGGAAGAUGAGGGCAGACUCAUCCACGACAAUGAGAUCAACCGUGUAUCAAGGCCGACUCCAUGCUAGGAAUAUCCUUGUCAAGUCACCUGGGUCGGCAUCACCAGGAAUUCCUCAGAUUGACGUGCGGAUAUCUACCACGGGAGCGUUGUUACGCCCUGCACCACAGGUGGUUCUUCCUCAAGAGUCCCUUACUCCAAGUCUAUCGAGGAAACCGUCAGUUGAAACGUCGCUACCUCCUGCAGUCCCUGAGAAGCCCCACAUUGAAGCGUUGAAGGUCCCAUCCCCUUCGUCUUCCUCCCACCUCUUGGCUCCCUCCCCUACUCCGCGCGCAGCCAAGCGAAGGAGUUUUUUGCCAAUAGACAUGGCCCCCAUCCCCAUCCCCGCCGCAUCGGCGUUCGUUCCCGGCGUCACAGCGAGCAACAGCGCCGACGAUGGCGAUGAUGUAGGCAAAGAAAUUCUCAGUCCUGUUCCGAAAAUAUCCUUGGAGGACAUGCAGCGCCGAGAGGAAGAACGGGCGCGAGAGGCUCGUGUUCGCGCCUUGCGUUCGGUGAUGGCGUAUCUCAGGGAUAUGCAUGACUUGGGUUUGUCUCAAACGAACACUAUGUCUGUAUAUGGUUCCGCUGUAGAAAUUGCGCCAAGUGGCCUUCGAUCCCGUAGACCAACGGUGGUAGACAACGGACGUUUGCCAUCUGAGAUCUCUGUCAGUUCGAUUGCGUCUGGUUCUUCACGACCAGAGUCAUCGGUGCAGCUGCGGUCGACCGAAUCGAGGAUCGGUCUCCGCGGCGGCAGUGCCACACAGACAAAUAGCGUUGCUACGACCGAUAGCGCCGGAUCCGCAGGUGGGGAAGAGAGGAAGUACAAGGACGACAAAGGGAAACGUGCGAUGAUCAUUCGUGAGAUCAUAGAAACCGAACGGACGUACGUGAAGGGGCUCCAAGAGCUCGUGGAUAUCUACAUCACUCCCGCUGCUUUCUCUGUGAACGUGUUGAGCGGAGUAAGCCAGAGACAGGAAACUGUAGUUCCCGUAGCAGAGCGCAAGAUUGUGUUCAGCGGCUUGGAAUCUCUCUUCUUUUUCCACAAACAGAAUUUAUUGCCCGCCUUGGAGCAUGUUUCCGCCCCCCUUUUGGCGCCGAAGCAGGAUUCUUCGCAGCACGAUGUGGAUGGUUCGCAAUCCUUGGACGUAGCGAGACAGGUAGCGCAAACAUUUGUCGCGCAUGCAGCAUUCAUGAAGAUGUAUUCGACGUACAUCAACAACUUCGACAAUUCUGUUCAAAGGAUCAAAGCUUGGGUAUCUGAUCGUCCGGGUACACCCUCCUCAGUUCUCGCUGCCUCGUCCAGCACUGCCCAGCUAGUUGGCCUUGGACUUAGCAUGUCUGCCGUCAGUGCUCCAAGUGUUGUACCUGAUAGCGGACCGACCUCCAACAGCACCGCUCCAUUGUCUUCCAGUCAGCGCAAACGUAUCAAGUCGUAUCUGAAGCGAUGCCGUAUGAAUCCUAGACAUUCACAACUGAAUUUGGAAGGAUAUCUGCUGUUGCCUGUCCAACGGAUACCGAGAUAUCGUUUACUGUUGGAGGAACUUGUCAGAAGUAGCCCUACCACGUACGAUUAUCCCAACGAUCCUCUGGAGCGAGCAUUGGAGGAGAUAUCGUCGUUAGCAACCAGCAUGAACGAAGGCAAGCGAGAAUCGGAGUCGCGGAGGCGAUUGGUGUUAUGGCAAUCAAGAAUUAGAGGGAAGUUCCCAAGUCCCCUUGUACAACCUCAUAGACGUCUUAUUAUGGACGGCCCCCUUCAUCUUACUCGAGUCGUUCGCAAAGCCACUGUUUCUUUCGAAGUGAUUGAUUCACAUGGAGAUGCCUCCGAGGUGCAAGUCGAAUGCUUGUCGCCUGAGCUUACUCCCCGACCCUUGAUCGGUAUCCUGUGCAACGACUUGCUCGUUCUCUGUCGGGACCCAUCUGAUGGGCAGGAUCCCAACGCUUCUGUGGACCUGUGGGCUGUGCUUAGAAUGCAGACACUACCACAACCAGCAACCAUCGUACAUGGCAACGUGGACAACAAGGCAAUUCUCUACUUCGAUGCACCGUCGACGUCUGAUGCGUUGACGUGGUUUAGAGCUAUUAAUCUCCACAUUCCGGCAUCGAAGGCGUAG